AUGCCGACCCAGGUGGAACAGAAGACUGUCGAUCCGGAAGCGGAAUUGAGCAAUGUCCAGCGUAUGUUCCAAAAGCUUGCGCCUCUAUGCAGCGUGGAGAAACGCGCUGGCGGGGAACCCCAGCUGGCGCCCCAAGAGAAGCAGCUCGAUAUUCUGACGAAGGAACUGCGCGAGACCCUCCUCUGUAUCAACUUGGCGAGGAAGGGCAUGCACGCACUAAGGGACUCGCACACCAAGAGCGGCACCCGCAAGUCCAUCGUGGAGUACGAGGCCAAGAUGUCGGAGCUUCGCGACGAGCGCGCCCAGCAGGCGGAACUGGACUGCCUAAACUACCUGGCUCAGAAGCAGAUCGUCGAGCUGAUGAAGCUUGUGCCCACUGAGUCCGAGGAAUUAACAAUGAUCGAAAAUGCCAACAAUCGUCUGCGCCGCAUGGAGAACCGCCUGGACCUGGCCACAAAGCGGUUCUGCGUCGUCAACUCUAACAAUAAGAGUGUGCGGGAGGAGAUCGAUCGACUGCUCGUCGAGAGGAACGACUUCAACAUCCAAUGGAACCGCACCAUCGGCAAGUUGGUGAGGGGCAAGGAGUACCUGAUGGACAUCCUGGAGAUAGCGAGCAACGCGUUCGCCGACCGCGACGAGUGCUGCAGGAAGCUGGAGGCGCUCAAGUGGAAGGGGCUGUUCCAGCUCAACAGGGACAUAUCGGUAUGCGGUGCCACGAAGAACUUCCGC